GUCAAAAUUCUCAGACAACCACAACCCCUCACCCGCCCACUCCAAUUGAGGUUCUAGAACAGAACGGCGGUAGGAGCUCGUGCUGCUGAAGUUGCCUGGCGACGAAGACUUGAGAAGGGGGCCGUGGAUUAUUUACAUCGUCCCGAAAGCGGAUUAUAUUAUCGAUGGCAGCGGGCGAGGAGUCCGCUCUCCCGGCUGGCAUAGCUGGGAGCCGCAGCGUGGAAAAGGCGCUGGAAGAAGCCGUGGCGAGCGGCGCGUUAAACUUAUCCAACAGAAAACUUAGAGAGUUCCCCUCCGCCGCUAGAAAUUGCGAUUUAUCCGACAUUACGCAAGCGGACCUGUCGAAGAACCGUCUCUCGGAGCUCCCUGAGGAGCUGUGCCAGCUCAUCUCCCUGGAGACCCUGAACAUGUACCACAACUGUGCCAGGAGCAUCCCGGAUAGCAUCGGCAACCUGCAGGCUCUCAGCUACCUGAACAUCAGUCGGAACCAGCUCACCUUCCUGCCAGCCUACCUGUGCCACCUGCCCCUGAAGGUCCUGAUCGCCAGCAACAACAAGCUCUCCGCCCUGCCAGACAACAUCGAGGCCAUGGGCAACCUGCGACAGCUGGAUGUCAGCUGCAAUGAGAUCCAGUCUCUCCCACCGCAGAUCGGCAGUCUGGAAUCUCUGCGGGAUCUCAGCGUGCGGAGGAACAACAUCACAGUGCUUCCGGACGAGCUGUCAGAGCUGCCGCUGGUGCGUCUGGAUUUCUCGUGCAACCGCGUCACGCGGAUCCCCGUCUGUUACCGCCACCUGCGCCACCUGCAGGCCAUCGUCCUCGACAACAACCCGCUGCAGUGCCCCCCCGCGCAGAUCUGCACGAAGGGUAAAGUCCACAUCUUUAAAUUCCUGAACAUCGAAGCCUGCAGUAAGACCGCGCAGGAGCUGGAGGAGUUCGAGCGAGCGGCCCGACCCACUGGCUUUGCCUCCUGUCUGUCGGAUGAGUUCUGCCCGGUGCGGCAGUACGGAGGACUGGAUUCGGGGUUCAACAGCGUGGACAGUGGCAGCAAGCGCUGGUCAGGGAACGAGUCCGCAGAUGAUUUUUCUGAUCUGUCUCUUCGCAUGGCUGAGAUCACGCGGGAUCAGAGGCAGCUGAGAGAGAGCCGAUCCUCUCACACGCUGGGGGCCAAAAGCUCCGUGAACGGAGAGGUGGAACAGAUAGAUUUCAUCGACAGCAGUCUGAACGGAGAGGAGGAAGAUGACUCGAAAUCAGAUUCCAGCCCACAGCAGCAGACAGCGCCCCCUGAGGAAAAGACACAAAAGAAGAAAACAUUGUCCCCAAAAUUAGAGGCCACGGAUAAAACACAAAUUAACAGGCCAGCGGUUUGUUUGGAGCUCCUGGGGUCCCUCAAGGGGUCCCGCGAUGAUUCGACAAGCGCGGCCCCCCCUGCCAGCCCCCCCUCGGAGGAACGCAGGCACCCCGAGAUCCUGCAGAUCUGGAAGGAGAGAGAGAGGCAGCAGCAGGCAGCACUGAGGAGGCAGGGGGCAGAGAGGAGGGACAGCUGUGCUUCCACACAGAAGACUGGAGCAAGCACAAUGCCUGCACUGCAGACAGGAAAUACUGGUGGUGGUCAACCAGAAAGCAGCUCCCUCCACUCUCUGAAACAGAGGUGCCAGAGUUCAGAUCAAGCCCCUGUCAACCCGACUCUCUCUCGCAGCGUCUCCAAGACAGAUCAGGCCCUCUCCCCCAGGGAGACGGGCUCCACGCAGAAACCCAACAGCUUCCUGUUCCGCUCCGCCUCCAGGAACGUGGUGAAGCCCGCAGGUUCAGUGACUUCCUUGGUGGACACUGGGAUCUGUGAUUCAAAGUCAGGACUCCGGUCACAGAGCUCGUCGGAGCACCUGCCAGAACAGAAGGAGUUGAUAGCGCAGCUCAGAAAGACCCUCGAAUCAAGGUUACGGCGCUCGUUGCCUGAAGAUCUGGGCGAGGCUCUCUCAAACGGAGCCACCCUCUGCCAGCUGGCCAACCACGUGAGGCCACGGAGCGUUUCCAUCAUCCACGUGCCCUCCCCCGCCGUGCCAAAGAUCAGCGCUGCCAAAAGCAGACGGAAUGUGCAGAAUUUCAUCGACGCCUGCAGAAAACUGGGAGUGUCUGAGGACCUCAUCUGUCACCCGCAGCACAUCCUGGAAGACGAAGAGUUAACCAAAGUGGCCCGGAUGGUUCAGGCACUGACCGAGACAGCCGCGCAAGGACCCCUCUAGCUCCUAGGACAAGGGCUGCCUCUACCGCUGCCCGACUCAAACUUGCCUAACACAGUCCGGUCAAAGAUGUUCUGUGAUACCGAAUCUAGAACAUUUCUGCAGUAAUAUAGAUAUUCUUGGUCCAGUGCAACCCAUAACUUGUUACCAGGUGUCAAAAGAACCAAACUCAAAUAGCACCAGGUAAUACACAGCAAAUAAUUGCGGAGUCGCAUAGCAUUGUGAACCCAUCCCAGGUCUUCUUGUGAGCUCUGCUUACCUGCACACAGGUAUCCCUUUUUUACUGGCACUUUUAAGCCUUGAGUCGAGGGGCGGGGUUAAUUCUAUCCAUCAUUACGUUGGGUCAGUCUGUCCGUCAGUAUGUGUUUUUUUUUUUUUAAUUAAUUUAUUUGUUUACCAUAUGGCCUCUAAUCCUGAGUAUCUUGCUGACCACAUUACUGCUCUCUCUAUCUCUCUCUCUCUCUGUCUCUCUCUCUCUCUCAGAAGCGUUCUCCUGUCGUUGCAUUUGGUAAUAUAUGAAGAACGUUAAAACGAAGAAAAACACAAUUUCCACUGCUGUCCACAAGGUGGUGCUAUUUCACCAUUCAGAGGUUUUUCAACUCCCAUGUUUUUUUGUUUGUUUGUUUUUUCUUAAAGGGAUUUCCAUUUUCUUCAGUUUGCAGCAGUCUUGGCUGAACGUUACGAACGAAGCUAUAAGGUCAAAAAAAAAAAAAAAAAAAAUUAAAUCUGGUGUUUUAUAAGCGUCUAAAGCAACGUUUGACGAGCGUCGUGCAAAAUACUAAUUUCAUUAUUCAGAAGAUAAAGGCAUCUAAGAGUUAAUUUGAUGGGAUUGUCUUCAGUGAGUCCUGUUUAGACCAACAAUGGAAUAGUUAAUUUGUAAUGAAAAAGGUAGCUGACCUUAUCAUUUAAGGACGACGGGGCAGCAUUUUUGAUUGCAGACCGAAUGCCCUGCCCUUGAUUUACAGCAGCUCCCGUAUAUCCUUAGUUCUCCCCUGCUCGUGGAUCGCGGGCGGGGGUCCUGCCUGAGUGUUGGUGUCAGCAGCUGCAUGCCCACCUUUGCCUGGCCUUGUUUUAACAUUCGGGUUUGACUAAUCUGAUGAGCGGGUGCGACGACACUGCUGUUAAAGAGCGCUAGAUCUCUGACGUUUGUUUUUGGGCGGUUUUAAAAAAAAAAAAUAUAGCAGUUUCCUUACUCGUUGACAUCUCAUCCUAAAUCAUAUCGUUACAGAACGCUUUUGGCAUUCAAUUGCCGGAACAGGAAACCGUUUUUAUUGCACGUGGUAUGCAGUUAUUUUUUUGCAACAAUAUAUAUAUAUACUGUAAAAGAGACGCUCGCCACACAGGCUCUCUCAGGCUCUUUCCCCUUUAAAUUGAACCAAACACAGGACAUUUUUUUUCAGAGCGGUUGCACUAAUUUUCUUUUAUUCUUACACACACAAAAAAGAAACUCUGGAGUGCUAACUAAAUUACAGGAACACCCUGUCUAACACGGGACAGCUAAGCUGUUUCCCCGUCCUUACAAAAACACAGCGAGAAUCGUACACACAGUACCUUUUUCCCUUUUAAUGACUCACAGUCGGGCUCUUCACACAGCAGCAGCCCUGAGCAGACUGACUGCUCUCCUUAAGUACCCUGCACCUGGCUCUAAUUUACAAUGAUAGCCAGGUGCAGGGGAUAAUUAACAAAAAUUAACAAUUAAAUUAGGGUUUUUCAGCCCAUGUCCUUUUGGGAGGUGUAGUCCUGUUUUCUCCCCAGACUACACACAUAUAUAUAUAUAUAUAUAUAUAUAUAUAUAUAUAUAUAUAUAUAUAUAAAUUUCAUACAGUUCAUCAAUUUCAAUUUCAUUCUUGACGGUCUGGCAAAAACGUGCCGGAUCUGAGAUCUGGCUCGAUCCGGUACAGGAACGAACCCCUGGGCUCCUUCAGCCCAGCCUAUCGGAUUUCAGCCCUCUCUGAAUGAACCCUUCUCUACUCCACUUGAAUGUCUAACUGUGCUGUGGGUUUGUACGAAAUGUGUGCUUUGUUACAAUGUAAAAAAAAAAAAAAAGGGAUGCCAUGAAGAAUUAUUAAUAAAUAGUCACUUGUUUUUAAUCA